GAACUUAUUUAAUCGAGUUUAGGGGCAAUACACAUCGAUAAGUACCAGUCAAUCAAUGAUCAAACUAACUUUUUAAAAACAAAAUGGCUGCCAAUAUGGCGGCGCCCAGGGCUGGAAGAAAUUUUUUUUGGCCUUAGUACCCCCGAUUCAACUUUCAUUUUUCACUGAUUUUCUUAUACAUACGUGUUACCAUUAAUCCUCGCUUCGCGAGGCGGGCUUCGCCCGCCUCUCGCUGCGCUCGGUAUUAUAGAAAGUAUGUGAUAGAGAACCAGCAUUUUGAUAUUCGAGCUUGGACUUUCGGUAUGAACUCUGUAACCUUUGAACUGAUAGAUGGCGCCAUUUUAACUUCCCCUUCAAUAGCGACCUCUGGUGUGAUCUCGUCAAAAGAAGGCGUGGGCUUGAUCACGUGCUGUUUGGCGUGUGCAGGAACAGGAAAUUGUGCUGGGAUAUUUUACGACUCCUCUCUAUCUAUCUGCAAGCCGUACUCAUUUCAGAAUUACACAUCUAUGAACAUCUACGGCAUACAAAACUUUGUCAAGAUCUCACCAGAGUGCGAAAAACAAGGCCAUACUUUCAAUAGCAAAUACCGCUUGUGCUUUGAUUUGUUUACAAACACGUUACCGUGGAAUCAGUCACGUGACGCAUGUCAGGAAAUCGGCGGCCAACUUAUGAUGCUGGACACGGUACCAAAAAUAGAAUUCAUGACCGGUUAUAUUGGCCAUAUAUACCCUGACGCCAAUUUCUGGCACAUUGGGGCCACGGACGCUGACAACGAGGGUUACUGGAGGUGGCUCAAUGGCGCCGCGGUGUCAGACAUAAGAGUGACUACCACCGACCAAUUAGAACUUGACCAACUAGACUGCAGCGCCCUCAACCGGAAAAAUACAGCAAUACAGAUGGUGAGGUGUGAAACCACCAGACGACGGAUCUGUGAAUGGCCAAACUUGAUUUGAUCUUUUUUGUAUGCUUACAAAGAAGCGAGGGUUUUAUAGUCGUAUGAAACGUUGUAUUUGCGUAUAAAAUGAACCACAAACAUGACUUCGUUUUUAUUUU